AGUUGCGCCAGCUCUUGCCGUUGUAUAUCAGAGGCAGCAUAGCACUUUCCCAGCUUGUCAAUUCGUACUUGUAUUCUGCAGAUUUUUCCUCCAAUAAUGCAUACAAGACUUCGAACCCUAUGCCCCUUUUGAACCCCCCCAAAAGGACAACGAUACGACACUUUACUCUACUCGCUCUCACCAUGGCAACUUCAAGCAUCGAAGCUCGUCUAACGGACUCCCUGAUACAAUUCUCAACUAAUCGACAAUUUCCCGAUGAAGAAGAGGUAUCUGCAGCUUAUGUGCAAAGCUCAGUGCUGCCAGGCGCCCUAGAAGCUUUGGAGGAAGCUCGAAAAGCUCUAGAGGUAAGAACGCUACCUUCUCAGGUUCCUGGGAAAUAUGCCUAUACCUGCACCCACACCCACAUUUACACUUGACAAUGCUAAUUUUCUUCGCAGACAGAAAUACGACAGAUCAGCCAGGACAGCGCUACAGACGUCGAUACCUGGAUCGCACAUGCCGAAACAAUCCAACACGACAUUGAAGCUUCACGUCGGCUGGCGAGCAGCAUAGUUCGAGAUGCCGAGGCAGACGAGGAACGUUUGGAAGCUCUCAAGGAGCAGCAAAAACUCGUCAAAUUCUUGGAGAGUGAGGCGACAUUUUCCGAGCAUGUUGCCCACUCAUUGCAGUACCUGCAGGAUAUGAACGAUAAAUUGGACAAGAUUGAAUCGCUGGCCCAGGAAAGAAACUUGCUUGAAGCUUUAUCCGCAUGCAAAGGUAUGUCCAGUUUGAUUCUCAAGUCGCGAGGGUUAUGCUGAAUGUUACCCCAGAUUAUACGGCUUCCCUUUUUCAUGCUCCUGACAAUACGGCUCGGGCGAAAAAGGUUCUCGAUGCGAGAUACAAUGAAAUAUCAGAAUUCUUGCAUGGGCAGUUACGGGCCCUAUAUAAUUACCUUGUUCAUUGCGAUGAAAAAAGCCAUACGCUAACGAUUAACAAUGCCUUGCCAUGUAAGUAGCUAACAACUCGUCCCGGCGUUCCGUCUGCCUCGCAAGCCUCAUUUUUGUUUCUUUUGGGAAGCUCAAACUGACGGAGAUUAGCCGAGAUAAUGACCCUAGAGCAGGUAAUCCACGCACUAAAGACUUAUCAGGAGAUGGAACAGGCUGCAGCGAAACUUUGGGAGGAACUGGAUGAAAUAGUCAUUGGGCCACGAACUUUCCUUCGUCUAGGAAAUCUUCCCGGAAUUGCCAUUGAGAAGGUAGUCCUCGUCUCCCUUACAAUCCCAUAAUUAUUACUGAUCCCCGUAGAACACUAUAGUUUGUGGCCGGGAGCAUGCAGAUCUAACUAUCAAAUCAUUAUUUGAUGAUAUGCACAGUAUCAUCGGGUUUCUCUGCGACAAAUUGCCAAAAGAGUUCAUUAAACAUCUCUCAGAUGCCAUGAUGCCUACUCUUUGCGAAAGGAUCAAAGAAUUAUGGCUUGAUUCCGCUGUUCCUACGUCUUUAGAUGAUUUGAUGGAAUACCAGAAAGCCUUACUGCAAGUAUCAGAUUUUGUUAAGCAUUUGGAGGAGCUCAAAUGGCCUGGUGCAUGGACCCUUCAAGAAUGGGUCUCUACAGCGGCCAAAAAUUGGUUGGACAAACGGAAGGCCAAUGCUUUGGACUGGACGAGGAAUCAGCUCUCUUUGGGUGAGUUAUCGUGUCUCGUUCGAUACGUUGGGGAGUACGGUUAACUAAUGUUUUAGGUGUUGGUAUUUCUCGGCCCGCAGAUCGUAUAGAGAGACGCAUGGUACAACGUGAUGAAGGCAUGCAUAUUCCCGCCAAAGGAAACGUUGUCAACGAUGACUGGGACGCUGCUUGGGAUAGUGGUGACGACGAGCAUCCAAAAGGAUCGCCAAAAUCCACCUCACCCCCACCAUUAAAGAGACACCGAAGCUCCAUAGAUGAAGAGCGGAAAGUUUCCGAAACGACCCCUGCAGCGAUACCAACUGCGUUAGAGGAAGACGACGAAGACGAUGGGGCUGAUGCUUGGGGCUGGGGUGAUGAAGAUACUACUGAACCUGAACCACAGGAAUCUACGCUUCCCGAGCCAACUCCGCCUUCAAGCGAGUCACUGACUGGGGAAGUCAGAGAAAUGAUCAUCAAAGAGAGAUAUUACACCUCUUCUAUGCCACAACCUGUAUUCCAGACGAUGACCGCGAUAUAUGAAGAUGCUGCAAGAUUGACUCGGCCAGAGUAUGUUCAGAUGGUGUCUGGGGAAAGCGGUUUGCUAACGACUAUUAGGAAUGCCGACUCACCUAUCACACCAGCCGCUCCUGGUUUGUUUACUGUUGCAAUCCUCAUUCUUGCCAUGUAUCGCGCGAUAUCGCCUACAUACUAUAAUAAUCAUGAUGAUGGCAACAUGUGGGUGAUUUGUCAACACCAACAUUGAUCAAGCUAACGGAUUCUUCUAGGUUUCUUUACAAUGAUGCCAUGUGGCUAGCCGAUCAACUCCGACAAUUCAGCAAAGAUUGGGCAGAACGAAAGGAUCUUAACGAUCGUAUCUAUGGCAAGCUAAAGCUGGACCCUGAGAUCAAAGUCCUAGAAAGUUUCGGAAAGAGAGCGUACACAAACGAACUCAUCAGCCAGCGAACUGCUUUAACUGACUUUUUAGCUGGUAUGUUCUUUUACUUUCCCCCGCCACUUGGUCUUAUUUAAUAAUAUUCCUCCAGGCCCGCAAAAUUUCUUCCAACAAGACAAAUCAGAAAUUGAACAUGGAGCAAAAGUCGUUGCCAGACUCAUCCGAGAGAAGGCUAAAGCGUGGCAUAAGGUUCUCACCUGGUCCGCAUGCGCCUCGGCGGUUGGCUCUUUGGUAAACACCAUCGCCACGAAACUCAUAACCGAUAUAUUCGACCUCCCCACCAUUGGAGUCGAUGACGCUGCGCUCAUCGCCGAGAUUCUCACCCUUAUUGAAGGACUCGACGACUUGUUUAUCAAACCUCCUACCGCCAACGCUUCCAGAAACGGAAAAGAGGAAUCCAUCAGUCUCACGGCGCAAUUCGUGGAUCAAUGGUUGAAACUGAACUUCUUAAAUCAAGUGUUACAGAGUAACUUGGUAGACAUUCGGUUCUUGUGGCGAGAAAGUGAUUUGAGCUUGUAUUUCCAGAGGGAAGAGGUGGUGGAUUUGAUCAAGUUGAGUUUUGAGAAUAAUGAGAAGGUUAGGGGAGUUAUCAAGGAGAUAAUGGAGGGGGAGUUGCCUAGGGGUGGGGAUUGAAGUGGGAUGAGACGUGUGGGUAUUUGUAUAUCUGUUGGUAUUGUUAGUUAGCGUGGGAGAUAAUGAUACCCUGCUGUAUAACGACUUGG